GGUGACAGCGGGCCACCUGAGCCAAUCACAGCCUGCGUGGGAGGAGUUCAAGUGCUCGGAGGUGUGUCUGGAAAAAUCAAGUGUGGCGCCGCAUACUGAGUACAAGUGGGGGAGAAAUGGCAUGAAUACAGCCUUUUACUGUUUAGACAAGCUUUACUGUGCGCGCGUUGGAAACUUGUUCAGCCAGCCAGUCUCAAUUUCGAGCUUGUGGACGUUGAGAGGUUGACCCGAAGCACAGUCCGACAAACUUAAUCUACAAGGAGAUCGUAAAAGAAACAAAUCCCCCCCCUCCAAGUCCCAAAGUGAAGCUGAUUUGGCUCCGAAAGGAGCAAGCCUGUUGUGUGGUUCAAAUCAGGAUACGCUGUUGGACAUGUGAAUUUAAAGGAAAUAACUGGCAAGCGCAACAAUGAAACAAGCGACUGUCCUGUACUGCCUCGACUUUUUCCUGACGUGCCUCUUGUUUGGGUCCAGCUGGUCACAAUCAGUAUGUGCCGGUACGGAGAACAAGCUGAGUACGCUGUCAGACCUGGAGCAGCAGUAUCGCACCCUGAGGAAGUACUACGAGAGUUGUGAAGUCGUAAUGGGCAACCUCGAAAUCACAAGCAUCGAUCGCAGUCGAGACCUCACUUUCCUCAGAUCGAUCCGGGAAGUGACAGGCUAUGUCCUGGUGGCUCUGAACCAGUUUGACUACUUGCCACUGGAGAACUUGCGAAUCAUCCGCGGGACAAAGUUGUACGAGGACCACUACUCCCUUGCGAUCUUCCUCAACUACAGACACGACGGAAACUUUGGCCUGCGUCAGUUGGGCCUGAGGAACCUCACGGGUGAGUGA